UGGCAGGGAGUACGAAGAAAUUAUGAGAGCUGUGACUGGUUGGAUUUGGUGGAUUUGGAUUGAAGUUGGUAUUUAAUGGCCUGGAUGACCGAGAAGGUGAUGCCACUAUAAAAUUAGGAGCUCUCACUUGAGAAGGAGGAGGAAUUUUGUGGAGAACGGAUGAUGUGUUUAGUUUGGAAUAUAUAUCAAGUUUGAAACAGUAGUUUUGGUAGAGAUGGUAGGAUGACUUAAAAAGAAAACAACAACAACAGAAAACCCAAGCCUGGCAAUUAAACCGGAAAAAAACUUUCAAGAAAAUGAUCCACAGUCUAUUUCUUAUAAACUGUUCCGGUGACAUAUUUCUAGAAAAGCACUGGAAGAGUGUUGUGAGUCAGUCUGUCUGUGAUUAUUUCUUUGAAGCUCAAGAGAAAGCUGCUGAUGUUGAAAAUGUACCACCUGUCAUUCCAACGCCUCACCAUUACCUCAUCAGUAUCUACCGGGACAAGCUCUUCUUUGUUUCUGUCAUACAGACUGAGGUGCCACCUCUCUUUGUAAUUGAGUUCCUACAUCGAGUUGCUGACACUUUUCAGGACUACUUUGGUGAGUGUUCAGAGGCUGCAAUUAAGGAUAAUGUGGUCAUAGUAUAUGAACUCUUAGAGGAAAUGUUAGACAAUGGAUUUCCACUGGCUACUGAAUCUAACAUUUUGAAAGAACUGAUUAAACCACCAACAAUUCUCCGUUCUGUCGUCAACUCUAUUACAGGUAGUAGUAAUGUUGGGGACACACUCCCCACUGGGCAGCUAUCCAACAUCCCAUGGCGCCGCGCAGGGGUAAAGUACACAAACAACGAAGCCUAUUUUGAUGUAAUUGAAGAAAUAGACGCAAUUAUAGAUAAAUCAGGGUCUACAGUCUUUGCAGAAAUUCAGGGGGUCAUUGAUGCUUGCAUUAAACUGUCUGGAAUGCCUGAUCUUUCCCUUUCCUUCAUGAACCCAAGGCUUCUGGAUGAUGUCAGCUUCCACCCCUGCAUCAGGUUUAAGCGUUGGGAGUCUGAAAGAGUUUUGUCAUUUAUUCCUCCAGAUGGAAAUUUCCGACUCAUAUCAUACCGUGUCAGCUCACAAAAUCUAGUGGCAAUUCCAGUGUAUGUGAAACACAGCAUCAGCUUUAAGGAGAACAGUUCUUGUGGCAGAUUCGAUAUUACCAUUGGACCAAAGCAGAAUAUGGGAAAAACUAUUGAAGGAAUCACAGUGACAGUUCACAUGCCAAAAGUUGUGCUGAAUAUGAACCUGACACCAACACAAGGCAGCUAUACAUUUGAUCCAGUCACCAAGGUACUAACAUGGGAUGUGGGGAAAAUUACUCCACAGAAGCUCCCAAGUCUUAAAGGACUAGUCAAUUUACAGUCUGGAGCACCCAAGCCAGAAGAGAAUCCGAGCCUCAACAUUCAAUUCAAGAUCCAGCAACUUGCUAUUUCAGGCUUGAAAGUAAACCGCUUGGACAUGUAUGGGGAGAAAUAUAAGCCAUUUAAAGGAGUCAAAUAUGUCACGAAAGCUGGAAAGUUCCAAGUGAGAACAUGAAAAGAAGCCAAAAUUCCUCAAGAUCAGUUUGUUUUCCAAGUGUCAUAACAGUUUAUUACUAUUGGGUACCAAGUGGGUGGGAAUACAUAUUCUAGUUAAAGCAUUUGUCGAGCUACACACCCCUCACAAAGUAGCUUAGUAAUCAAUGUAGGAUUCUUAAGAAGCUUUAAGCUAAGGAGACUUUUCUGUUGACUUAGCUUAUUUUGUAUCUUUUCACUAAGAAAGAUUUUGGAGGUGAUUUCUUCAAUGAGGGGUAGUAGUUGGACACUGCACAUUGUAAAAGCAAAGGCAGAGGCUGCAGUGAUAACCUAUCUGCUAAAAACAACUGAACUGCUGUCAGCCAGCAGGAGGUGUCCUAAUCUGUGACGUGAUGUGUCAGGUGCAGCCAAAUGUCAUACCUUCUGAUCUUUCCCAUCCUAAAUCAGCAUCUGUCCCAACAGAGGAAGUCCCCCACCCCAAGAAGUUUACAGAAAACUGCCUCUUAAAGUGUUUGCCUUAUUCAGCUUUUCACUUGUGCCAUUAAGCAAGCACUGUAGCAAAAGCCACUUCCACAUGGCCCUGCCAGGGAGCUCUGCUGCUCCAUGCUCCAUUCUCACUGUACUUGGUAUUGUACUUUUUAUAAAUAAGAUUUUUACGUAAAGCUCAGAUUUUGAUUUACAAGGACCUUGCUGCAGUAAAUAUCAUCUCAAUUUUGUGCCACUCGUUCAGCUGUUAGAUAAACAGUAAAAAUUGUUUCAAAGGGGCGAAUUGUUUGUUAAGGUAAUAAAAGGGAAUGCUACUUCUGCUUUUACAAAGUUAUUGCAAGCACAGGAGUUUAAGGUCUAAGGUAAAUUAUGGAGUAAAAGAAACUUAAGCUGAAACCUUUGCCCUCUUGAUGUUUAAUAAAGCUUAUCAACACCA